AUGAGUGCUGAGCAAGUUGGUAGAAAGAAGUCAUAUAGAUGGGUUAGCGCAUCUCAAGCUAGUUAUGAUGGUGCUGGAUGGGACAGUAGUGACGAAUAUGACUACUCCUCCGAUGAUAGCACGAAAGAUGCUGGGCUUAGUACGCAGAAAGUGUCAAAGUUACCUACUCUACCUAAACUCAAUUAUACGGAUGUUAGUGAUGAGAGUAAUCAUGAUGAAAAUGAAGGUGAAAAAAAAGACAAUGAUGGUGAUGCGGUCAAGACCGAUACGGAUCAUAACGAUAAGGAAGCAGACGGGUUCUCAGAUGAAGUGCCUAGCCUCAUCGGUUCAAAAGAUUCGGUAGCCCUACAAACGAAAAAAUGCAAUGACUACUCAAAAUCAGAUUAUCUUUCAUCAGCAUCUUUGAAAAGUCCUAAUGAAAAUAAAAAACCACCACAUGCAAAUAGAGCCGUAAAUGAAGACCUGGAUAAUUUAAUUGAACAGAUAUCAAGAGAGAUGACGCCAGAAAUGAGGCAAACAUCUGAUUUUCAGCGUGAUUCAGACAGUAGUGACGAAAUUCGGAACGAACCACCAUCGUUGAUAGCAGCACCCACCUCACCGUUUCCUGUAGCAGAAGAUGAAGAUUGGGAUUCUGAAGAGAUCAGAAAGGACAGUAGUGAAGAUGGUACUUCUUUGAAUACGUUUAAAAAGAAUGAAAAUGAAAACAAUAACAUGGGUGGUGAUGAUGAUGUUUUUCAGCAGGAAGAGGACGAGUUUAGGGUGUCUAAAACUGGAUAUCUGGCGAGUAUGUUGUCUUCGGAGCAAGAGGAACACUUGGAAAAAGGAAAUGAUGAUGAAGUUGAGAGCAUAGAUUUUUUAGAAAAAGAAAGUAAAAGUGAAGGAGAAGAAGAAGCCAGUACUGGGAGUAGGAAGUCGACCGAAUUUUACGAUACAUCUAGUAGACAGGACCAGACAAUAGGUCUAAAAGGCACAGCAAGGGAAUUAAAAAUCAACGAUGCAGGAUAUCGUAACUCCUUUCUCAACGAUUAUCAACACUCGUCAGAAUCUGAAAAAGAAACUAAAGACGAAGAUAACGGUGACGGAGGAGGUAAUGAUAACUCUUCACUGAUUUCUGAUGAACAAACUAGUAUCAAUCAGCAAUUAAAACAAUUUGAGCCAGCCGACGACGACGCCCUAUCGUAUACGGAAUCUAUAAAAUAUUCGAUAAAUGAGACAAAAUAUGAAGAAAAAGAAGAUUACAAAUGUUCUGAGGACGAUAGUGAAGAUGAAAACGAUUACAAAUUUUCCAAUAUAGAAAAGGAUUCCGCUCUACUUACAAGCGACGAGGAAGGUGAAGAAAUAGGUGUGAGUUCUGAUUCUGAUGAAGGUAGUCUUAAGGCAUCGAAAUCAGGUUAUUUUUCCAAAAUAAUCAAUAAUGGAGAUGGUAAAAGCUCAACUCAUGAUAGUAAGGAGAAUUCAACUUUGGAGAACAACAACAAGAUAGACAACAGUGAAAAUGUCAGUCAUCAAAAUAGCGAUUUUGAAUUAGAGAAAAGUGAUGAUGGCGAUGAGAAAGAUCAUGUACAUGAAGAAAAGAAUACUGACGAAAGUCCAGCCAAAGAUUCAACUGAUAUGGACUUUUGGAAACCGGAUAGUGAAGCUUUGCGAUCAGGAUUUGUACAGGACACAGCAAAUAAGAAGGCUCCACCAGGUUACGUGAUUGAUUCCAACGGGAAGUUAGUAGAUUUAACACCUGCAAGUAUGAAACCACGUGUCGUGUCUACAUACUCUGAGAUGGAAAGUACGUGGGAAGCAUUUCCUUCCAAAGGUGAGGAUGACGAUUUGGAGACUAUUAAGGACACUAAAACCAUAUACGACAACAACACGAUCUACAAUGUUCCCGGUUUAAUUGGUAACCAAUCAAACCUGCCACCCCUACCAAUGGACGCAAAUGAGCAACUGAAUGCAGGAAGCGAGGAUGGUACGGCAGAUAAUGAAAAUAGGAGUAAUAAUUCCAACGAUUUGGCAGUUCCUAGUGUAUCUUUGAAAAGUGAGAAUAGGGUAUCAUCUCAAGGCGAAAUGACGAGUGUUCAUGAACCUAGCACUGAAGAAAUGGCAAAACUGGGACAGCAGAAUAACUUGCCAAAAUUAGAUGUAAAUAAACUAUUGAAUAGUAAGGUGCCGCAUGCAGGUAAGAUAGACAGGUUAAGAAAUUAUAAGCACGAACUGGAUGGAUAUGAUACAGGGAUACAAACAUGGAUAAAUUAUACACUAAAAUCCUCUUCCGAAAAGGACAGGGAUUUUAUAGCGGAGGAGUAUAAGCAACAUAAUCAUGUCAGGGAGGCAUAUGCAAAUGCAGAUGAUUUGAGCAAGAAACAUACCGUCAUUAAUACAGUCGCUAGCGUUAACCAAAACGUUACGCAUUUGAGGAGGAAGGUUUUCCAACAUUCUAUGAAGCCAAAGGAUUUAUUUGCAUCAAUAGGUAAGAAAAAAUUAUAA